AUGGCGAGUUCGAGCCUGCUCGAGAACCCGGUGCAGGCGAUACUGUACCUGCGCGAGCUCACCACCAUCGUCCAGAACCAGCAGAGUCUGAUUCAGACCCAGCGAGCGCGCAUAGAGGAGCUGGACCGACGCGUGGACGAGCUGAUCGGCGAGAACAGGUACCUGAGGGACGCCAGGGAGCAGCUGCCGCAUCAUUAUCACCAUCACCCCGACCACAGUUACCUUCAGCACCACCACCACCACCCCCACCCCGACCCGCAGCUGAGGGGGGCGUCAGCGUCCCUGCCGGACCAUGCCCCGCCGACCGUGCCGGCCGAGACCGCUCCGGACGAGCCGCAGCUCCGGCCCUCGUCCUCUCAACCCGCGGACCCAGAGGACAUGCAGCUGGUCCCGGCCGACCCGACCCCCUUCUCCCCAUCCGAAAGCGACCAAGAGGACGGCAGAAGUAGCCCGGGCUGCCGCUCUUUAGUACCUUUGACCCCUACAACCCUUUGUCGCUCGCUGGCCCUGGCUAGGAAAUCCGAGAGUCAGACCGUGCUGCAUCAGUUCUGUUGCCCUGCUCCUGAGCAUCCAGAGGCUGACACAGCUGGCUCCAGCAGCGGGCAGAUGCUGAGCCUAGAAGAUGGCCCUUCCUCCGGCAGACCGGAAGUGGAGGGGACAGGGGUCGGAACCAAGAGAGAGGGGCCCAGUGAAUAUGAAAUCUCUCUGGAGAAUAAGAGCAAACAGAUAGAAGAGUUGGAGCAGAAGUAUGGAGGCCAUCUCAUAGCGAGGCGUGCCGCUCGUCGCAUCCAGACGGCCUUCCGUCAGUACCAGCUCAGUAAGAACUUCCAGAAGAUUCGAAACUCUCUGUCCGAGAGCAAGCUGCCUCGCCGUAUCUCCCUGCGCCGGCCUGGUCCGGCGGGCCGAAGCCAGAACCCGGCCCAGAGACACAGCUAUACUCUGCUGGAGCCCAGAGGAGGGCAGAUUCCCAUGCGUUCCAAGACCCCCCCUCCGCCGCCUUCCCGCUCCACCUCUCUGCCCCCGUCUCCUGCUUCCGCCCCAGCACCUGCUCCUGCCCCUGCCCCAGCCCCAGCCUCGGCCCCAAACCCAGCCCCAACCCCUGGAGCCACACUCACACAGUUAGAGGAUUGCUUCUCAGAACAACUGCACUCCUUGGCCCAGUCGAUUGAUGAGGCUCUCCGUGGCUGGAGCUUGUCAGAGGUCGAGGAGGGCAAAGGGCUACUGAUGGACCCAGGGGCCUUUCGGGCAGCAGCUGAGAGUGCCUGUCUCCCUCGUAGUGCUAGUUCCCUGCUCAUGGCCUUCAGGGACGUCACUGUUCACAUCGACAGCAACAGCUCCUACACCAUCUCCUCUGCCACCACCUCCACCACCACCACCCUGGGCAAUGCAGUUGGUGGAGAAGGGGGCAGCAGGAAGGCAUCUGUAAGCGGUGUAGCAGGGGGAGGAGGGAGUCAGACAGAGGAGGGUUUGGAGGCAGAGUUCCCUGCACCUCCUCCCAGUGAAGAGCUGGAGAUGGGGGGACUGGACUCGAGGAGGGGCUCUGCAGUUCCUGCUAUCGGAGGAGAAGGGCCAGGGGGGCAGAGCAGCUUCGACAGACUGGGUACCACGUCAGCUUCCACCUUAGCCCAGUCCAACCAGCAGCCGUCCCAGACUUACACCCAGUACCAGCACUACCAGUACAGCCAGCCCCAACAGGUUCCAGGGGGUCCCAGCUCAGAGGCCCUUCAGGCCCUGGUCCUCUCCCUGCCCAGGGACCGCUGCCAGGACCCGGCGUCAUGCCGCUCACCCACCCUUUCCACCGACACACACCGCAAACGCCUCUACCGUAUAGGACUCAACCUCUUUAAUGUGAACCCAGAGAAAGGCAUCCACUUCCUGAUUACGCGUGGUUUUGUCCCGGACACGGCCAUCGGAGUCGCCCACUUUCUGCUGCAGAGGAAGGGCCUGAGCCGGCAGAUGAUUGGAGAGUUCCUGGGGAACAGCAAGCUGCACUUCAACAGGGACGUCCUUGAUUGCGUUGUGGAUGAGAUGGAUUUCUCAGGCAUGGAGCUGGAUGAGGCGCUCAGAAAAUUCCAGGCUCACGUUCGAGUUCAAGGGGAGGCACAAAAGGUGGAGAGACUCAUCGAGGCUUUUAGCCAGCGGUACUGCAUGUGCAACCCUGACGUGGUGCAGCAGUUCCACAACCCGGACACCAUCUUCAUCCUGGCCUUCGCCGUGGUCCUCCUCAACACGGACAUGUACUCGCCGAACAUCAAGCCCCAGCGCAAGAUGGGCCUCGACGACUUCAUUCGCAACCUGAGAGGUGUGGAUGAUGGCGCAGACAUCCCCCGAGACAUGGUGUCCGGCAUCUAUGAGAGGAUCCAGCAGAGAGAGCUGCGCUCAAACGAAGACCAUGUCACCUACGUCAGCCGCGUGGAACAGUCCAUCCUGGGCCUGAAGACUAUCCUCGCCGUGCCUCACAGACGUUUGGUUUGCUGCUGCCGCCUGUUUGAGGUGCCCGACGCCAACAAGCCUCAUAAACAAAAACUGGCCCAGCUCCAGAGAGAGGUUUUUCUUUUCAACGACCUGCUACUGAUCCUGAAGCUGUGUCCUAAAAAGAAAAGUUCAGCUUCCUACACCUUCUGCAAAGCCAUGGGCCUGCUGGGCAUGCAGUUCCACCUCUUCAGCAACGAAUACUACGCUCAUGGCAUCACCAUGCUGAGUCCUUUCACCUCGGAGAAGAAGCAGCUGGUGAGUUUCUGCUCCCCCAGUGGUGAGGAGCUCCGGAAGUUUGCGGAGGAGCUCCGAGAGUCCAUCACAGAGGUCAACGAGAUGGAGCAAAUACAUAUCCAGUGGGAAAUGGAGAGGCAGCAGGGCAUCCAGCCACACAGUACCCACGCUAAUGGUGGCCAAGUGGACACGCACACAGGACACAGCUCUUCUUCAGGUCAACCAGACGCUUACGAUAAGACCGGCAAUAACAAUACCGUAGAGGUGUCAAUUCACAACAGGCUGCAGACCUAUCAGCUGAGCCAGCCCAGCAUUGAGUCCACGGCUCUGGCCCUGGCUGCGCCCCCGGCACUGCUCAGCCCCAUCCAGCCUGGGGAGCUCCGCCCGGAAACGCUCAUCCAGUGCCAGCAGAUUGUCAAGGUGAUUGUCGUCGACCAGAGCGGGCGAGGGCGGAUGGAAGCCUUCCUCAGCCAAAGUCCUGCCUCCCACCGGCUCAUCCAGUCAGCCAUGUCCACGCCUGUGCACGCCAGAGAGGGGGAUGGCCCUCAGCCCCCUCUCCCUCCUCCUCCCCCUCCCUACAACCACCCCCACCAGUUCUGUCCCCCCGACUCGCCCAUGCCUCUCCACCAUACUCUGCCCUUCAGCCGCAGGCGCAACUCUAGCGGCUCGCGCAGCAUCGUCUGA